UGUCUUCAGUGAAGGGCAGUCCUAACUCUGCCACUGGCUUGCUGGGUGAUUUGGGAAAAAGAUGACAACCCCAUGUGAGAGAAAAGACAUGUCCAAAACGAUGCCCUUCCUAGAAGAAUCCCAGUUGAAAAAUGGAGGCAGCCCACCAUCGAGGAAAAAAUCGAAAAAACAGAAAGCAACACCCUGCUUGUACGACGAAUACGAGGAGAAGGUUCGCCCCUGCAUCGAUCUCAUCGAUUCUCUGCGAGCCCUAGGGGUGGAGAAGGACCUGGCGCUGCCUGCUAUCGCCGUGAUUGGAGACCAGAGUUCCGGGAAGAGCUCCGUCCUGGAAGCGCUCUCUGGAGUCUCUCUCCCCAGAGGCAGUGGCAUUGUCACCAGAUGCCCCUUGGUGCUGAAACUGAAAAAGCUGAGCUGUGACCAAUGGUAUGGGAAAAUCAGCUAUCGUGACCAAGAAGUUCUUCUCUCAGAUCCCUCGGUGGUGGAAAUGAACAUACAUCAAGCUCAAGACAUUAUGGCUGGGACAGGAGUGAGCAUUAGCGAUGAACUAAUUACACUAGAGAUCAACUCCCCUAAGGUCCCAGAUCUGACCCUGAUUGACCUUCCGGGGAUCACCAGGGUGGCUGUGGGCAAUCAGCCCCACGACAUUGGCAAGAAGAUCAAAUCUCUCAUCCAAAAGUAUAUAAAGAAGCAAGAGACGAUCAAUUUGGUGGUAGUGCCAAGUAAUGUGGAUAUAGCGACCACGGAGGCUCUGAACAUGGCACAGGAAGUGGACCCCAAAGGAGAGAGAACUCUGGGAAUCUUGACCAAACCAGAUCUGGUGGACAAGGGCACCGAAGAGAGCAUCGUGAACGUGGUUCGCAACCUCACCAUCUUCUUGAAAAAAGGCUACAUGAUCGUGAAAUGUCGGGGGCAAAAGGAUAUUCAAGACAGAAUGAGUCUGGCUAUGGCAAUCACCAACGAAAAGAUAUUUUUUGAGGAGCAUGAGCACUUCAGAGUUCUUCUGGAGGAAAAUAAGGCCACAAUUCCUGCCUUGGCUGAGAGACUGACAACUGAACUCAUUGAGCACAUUGUUAAAGUGCUGCCCACAUUAGAACAACAGAUAAAGGAUAAACUCCACCAAGCUACCGAAGAGUUACACAAGUGUGGUGCAGACCUUCCGGAGACAGAUGAGGAUAAACUCCUCUUCCUCAUCGACAAAAUUAGAGCCUUCAAUCAGGACAUCACCAACUUGAUACAAGGAGAAGAAACCGUGGCCGAGGAUGAACUCCGGCUGAUCUCUCAACUCCGACAAAUAUUCCAAAAGUGGGGAGUGACCAUGACCAAAACUUUGCAGAACACCCAAAAGACUAUAAUUUGGAAGAUCACAGAAUCUGAAAAUCAGUAUCGGGGCAAAGAGCUCCCAGGAUUUGUCAACUACAAGACGUUUGAGGCAAUUGUAAAGCAGUGCCUCCAGCAGCUGGAAGAACCAGCUGUCGAUAUGCUCCACAAUGCAACUGAAAUUGUCCGAAAAACAUACACCAACAUAGCCCGUAGUAAUUUCGCGGACUUCUCCAACCUCCACAGAGUUGUAAAGAGCAGACUCGAAGACCUGAAAACCAUGCUGGCUAAGAAAGCCGAAGAAAUCAUCAGACUUCAGUUUCAGAUGGAACAGAUCGUUUUCUGCCAGGAUGCCGUCUACAGCAAUAUGCUGAACGAGGUCAGAGCAGCGACCGCCCAAGAAAACAGCGAAAAGAAGAACCCGGCCUAUCAGGAGAACUGCACCUGGGCCGAAAUGAGCGAACACCUGAAAGCCUACUUCAGGGAGACCGACAACCGUCUCACCUGUGAGAUUCCAAUGAUCGUUCAGUACUUUGUUCUCCAAAACUACGGCAAUCUCUUACAAAAGUCAGCGAUGCAGCUGUUGCAAGAGAAAGACAAACUUGACUGGCUGCUUCACGAACAGCCGGACAUAAGGGACAAGAGGAAAUUUCUGAAAGGGCGAGUAGGGCGCCUGAAUCAAGCUCGUCGCCAACUGAGUCACUUCCCAGGUUAAGGCAGAUGGCAGGCCCAGAAGGGACUUCCAGGGGUCAUCUGGUCUAGCGUCCUGCCUCCAGGUGGGUCAACACCCAUCCCUAUCUAAGACAGAUGCUCUACAGCCUUGGAGUUGGCACGGGUACCGUGUCUAAAUCCCACCUGGGCAGUCUUUUCCUAGUGCUCCGUAUUGUGCUCCGCACACAGUACGAGCUUAAUGCUGUUCCCAUUCUUCCCGAGACCCCGUAGCAUGAAAUCACCCUGUCGGUCCACUGAGUUUUCUUUGUCUCCAUUCCCCUCUUCCUUACCUCUCCAUUUGGAAACUGGAGGAAGCAAUAUUUUAUUAUAAAACGAAGCUCACUUUUUCCUCCUGUCCUCGCUUUCUACUAGGCUGCACGAGAUCGCGUUUUACUCUACUGUACACUCUCUAACACUCUGUAUGGGCCUCAAUAAAUAGCACUGUUUGAAUAGUUGAAAA